AUGUACUCUCAAAAAGUGGUUGCUCCUCAACCUUUAAGAUUAAACACAUCCAACGUUGCUGCUAUUAAUGGUGCUUGCAACUCAAACGGGUUUUCUCCUGUGCAUACUCCGGUACAUACACCUAUCGCUACGCUUUACUCUAGAGUCCGUCAUGCUGGCAAUGAAAGUGUCAUGAGUAAUCUAUCGCUAUCCAAUUUGUCCACUUCUAAUUUAAACUCCACUACUCCUAGCUAUUCCAACGAGCCAAUCUUUACUCAACAAUUUGUUUCGUUGCUAUUAGAAACUUUUAAUAUUGCCAUUUCAGACCCUUCUGUAACUCCAAUAGAUCCUUCGCGAGCUCCUCCUCCUCGUAUUCUUUCAAGAGCUGCUUCUGCUUCUAUUCAGUUAGCUACAUCUCGUAACGUUCAAAUAUACUUGAAUAACCCGGAAGAAUUCUUUAUCUCAAAUAAUGAUUUGAUCAAAGCUGCUCAUAAGAGACUCGCACAAGAGUUGAAGAACGAUAAACAGCAACUCAUGAAUCAAUCUUCUACCAACUUGUGCAACAACCCUCUAUUACCAGAUAACGCUAUUACUCCAUCCUUACCUGGGUUUCCCUUCCCUCUACAACCACCAAAUAUCAAUUUUCAACAACCAGGUUUAGCAAGAUCAAACUCAAACUUAGGGUUUGGUUCUAGAUUAGGCCUCAAUUUUGCCCCUCUAUGA